CUUCCGUUUAAUGGUGUUUUUUUUUCCAUAAAAUACGUAUCAAUACGUACAGUACGUGUAUUAUACAUUUUAUCCUUAAAGCACGUGAGUUUUUCAGAAUUUUCUGAAAAAUACAUAAACAGGAGUAUUAUACGUAAUAAAAUACGUAUCAAUACGUACGGUACGUGCAUUAUACAUUUUAUCCUUAAAGUACGUGAAUUUUUCAAAAAAUUUUGAAAAAUUCAUAAACGGGAGUAUUAUACGUGAAUUGUACGUUCGAGUGUAUUAUACGCGAAUUAUACGCGAAUAAACUAACAGAGCCCGUACGUAGUAAAAUACUAAAAUAAUAGAGGGACAGGGGGUGAGUUUCCCGCAUCCGAACAUUGGAAACGCGUAUCCGGCCCGUUUUUUAAUUUUGCCAAAGUUGGAAACGAGUUUCCUCAUACAAAACAGAGUUUGGGAAAUAUAUCUAGAAUUAAACCUCUCGUCUUCAUUCUUCAACCCUGGCAUCGUCCAAUCAUCGUCGAGGUGUGAAGGCGUCGCUGAUUUUUGGCCAGUCUAACCGCAGUCGCCUGUUUAAGACUGUAGGUUUUUUUUUUAUUAAAAACAAAGCCCAUCGUAGAAGAUCCUCAAGACUUAGAGAGUCUAGAGACGCAAAUUGGCAGGAAGCAGACGAACGCACAGAACUCCCAAAGUCUUUUUCAGCCCUUCGCCGGCUUCAGCAAACGUUGUCAUCUUGGUGAGCAGGUCUCAGCAGCUUUCGGCAUCACUUUUUGGAGAAAGCAACGCCUCCCUCAGUGCUUUUGAUUGAAAGCUCAUCCGUACUGCUUUUGUUCGCUUUUCACCACAAAUAAGCUUGGCUGAACCUUACUUAGAAUAAAAUAUGGGAAAACAAACAGUUUUAGGUGUAAAAAGAUGCAAUAACCAAGUGCCUUUACGGAAGUGCCAAAAUGUAAAGACUCCACGAUUUGACAGAGAUGAGAAGAUUAAAGAAAGGCCAUUGUCAAAAUUCUCAGGAGCAAAACUAUUCAAUAAUGAAGAGCCCACAAUGUAUGCUAAGUUAUUGUUGUCGUUGAGGCAAACAGAAGCACAUACAGUUGAUUUGGGAGAGGAUUUCGAUGAUGGUCAGGAAUCAUCCGAUGGAUAUGGAGGAAAAGAAGAAGAAUGCCAUGGUGAGUAUUCAAGACCUAUUGAUGUUGGAGAUGACCACCAAGGAUAUGAUUUGGAAGAUGAUACUGAUUUGGAGGCAUCAGAUACAGAUGAAAUACAUGAUGGGAGAGUAAAUAGUCAGUCUGUUGUAGAACCACUGAUGAAUACACGCUUUCAGAAACAUUUGGACUACAAGUUAUCAAAAGAAGAGGUUAAUACGCUGCUGGAAAAGAAGUGGAAAUACCAGUGGGAGCUAGAGUUUUCCAAUUGGAAGUGGGGGGGCACAGGGGAAUGCUUUCUGAAGGAACUAGACAUGUAUCCUUGUUAUGGUCUCAAACCAUUGUUCUAUAAACAUUGGUUGGACAGUUAUAAGGAGUCUGGCGGCCAAGAUUUUCACUCUUCUAGGCAGAGAUCAUUCUUCUCCAUUUGCAGCAGCUACCGAGAUGUAUUGCAUGAUAACAAGAAGCCCUUCUAUCUCAAAGGGCGGGAAGAAGAUGCCAAUAUCAUGGAUGCAUAUGUCAUGCAUUCGCUAAAUCACGUAUUCAAGACUAGGGAUCUUUUGAAGAAAAACAAAGCAAAACUGACUAAGCUACAAGGAAACAUGAAUGUGGAAACUAUUAAUGAUGAAGCUUUUCUUGAUCAUGGGUUUACUCGACCUAAGGUUUUGAUCCUUCUGCCAAUAGCAAGCAUUGCACUUCUGGUAGUUCAAAGGCUGAUCAAGUUGACACCCCCAAAAUACAAGGCUAACAUUGAGAAUCUUGAGCGUUUUUUUCAAGAGUUUGGAAGUGAAGUGACUGAUGAUGAGGAUGAAGAUGUUAGAGAAGGCUUAAAGUCAAGAAAGACCUCUAAACCUCCCGACUUCAAAGCAUUGUUUGGAGGGAAUGACAAUGACCGUUUCAUGCUUGGUAUGAAGUUCAACAGGAGGAGUAUAAGAUUAUAUGGUGAUUUCCACUCUUCAGAUAUGAUCAUUGCAUCUCCUCUUGGAUUGGAAACUAAAAUUCAUGAGGCUGAACGAAGGAAAGAUAAAGAUGUGGAUUAUCUUUCUUCUAUUGAGGUUCUAAUUAUAGAUCAUGCAGAUAUCAUAUUAAUGCAGAAUUGGACAUACUUAAUUGAUGUUGUUGAGAAAUUGAACCAGAUGCCUUCUCAGCAGCAUGGAACAGAUAUUAUGCGCAUAAGGCAAUGGUACUUAGAUGGACAAGCACCAUUCUACAGGCAAACAAUGGUCUUCAGUUCACACUCAAACCAGUACAUUAAUGCUCUAUUCAACCAUCACUGCCUUAACUACGAGGGAAAGGUUAAAUCAGUUUGUGAAUACAAGGGAGUUUUAUCAGAAGUACUUAAAAUAAGCCAGAUUUAUGAACGUUUUGAUACGAAGACAAUAGAAAAUGCCGAUGAUUCUCGUUUUGAAUAUUUCACUAAAACGGUGUUUCCAAAGAUAAAAGAUUCAACGCAGGGUGGCAUAAUGAUCUUCUUUAGUUGUUCCUUUGACUACUUGCGAAUCGCGAAGUUCCUCAAGUCACAAGAGGCGUCAUUUUGUCGGCUGGGAGAGGAAACCAUGCCCAGGAAUAUUUCUCAUGUACGAGGUUUGUUCUUCACUGGAAAGAAAAAAAUCAUGCUUUACACAGAGAGAUUUCACUUCUAUUACAGAUACAAGAUUCGCGGCAUCCAAAACUUGAUCAUUUAUUCGCUUCCAGAGAGGAAAGAACUUUUUGUUGAGGUACUCAAUAUGCUAGAAGGCCCAACUUGCAGGAUUUUGUUUUCUCCUUUUGACCUAUUGAAGCUCCAAAGAAUUGUAGGUUCUUCUACGGCAAAAUUAAUGAUCGCGUCAGACCAGAAGUUGCUCACUUUUGACUCGUCAAAUUGCUAAUGUAACAGUACAAGGUCACUCAAUUUUGGUAAGAUAGCUCUAAGAGGAGGACGGCAUAUUUAGUUUAAUUUAUACAAUGUAAAUACGUAAUUAGUUCAAUUAAUGAUUGAAUGAUUAUCUAGUUUUGGAGUCUUGCUCCCCUGUGUAUUAUUUUGGGAUUUAUAUUACGGAGUAUUUGGCACCAAAACUUUGAUAGUUUGAUGCCUCUUAUUAGCCAAGUAUCCAAUGGCAAUUUGGUUACAUUAUGAAAAUAGAUUAAAAGUUUAAAGGGUAAAAGGUCAAAUAGG